AGAAGGCACUGCACUCUUGAACAGACGCUCCUUACCUGGAGCUCCAGGCUGCGAUAUGAGGUUUUCUCUUUGGUCGGUUGCUUUGUAUGCUUUGGGCCUUCUGUCUUUUCUGAGUCAAUGUGCAACAGCAGUGAAUAGACACUAUUACAUUGCUGCAGUUAAAAUUAAUUGGGAUUAUACAACAAAAGGAGCACAAAGUGUUGGUCCCACCUAUAAAAAGACAGUGUACAGGGAAUAUGACGCAGAUUUCAAAAAGGCUAAAACAACUCCAUGGUCAGGGUUGCUGGGACCAACACUCCGUGGCCAAGUUGGUGACACCAUCAUCGUCACGUUCAGAAACAUGGCGGAUCAUCCCUGUAGUAUCCAUUCACAUGGCAUUGCUUAUGGAAAACAGUCUGAAGGAUCGUUGUACUUUGACAACACGUCCCAGUUUGAGAAACAGGAUGAUGUCAUAAAUCCUGGAAAAGAGCAUACAUACUACUGGGAGGUAACUAAAGAAGUGGCCCCACAGGAUGCCGAUCCCCCGUGUGUCACAUAUACUUAUUUCUCACAUAAUGAUAUUGUCAAGGACUACAACACAGGCCUGAUUGGUACUGUGCUAAUUUGUAAAACUGGCAGCCUUGAUGAGUCUGGAAAUCAGGUUCAUUUCCAUCAAGAAUUUACACUGUUGUUUGGAGUCUUUGAUGAGAGCAACACUUGGUACAGCACAGGGGUUGCGCCACUUAAAGAGCAUGUGAAAUACACAAUCAAUGGCUUCACAAAUGGCUCUGUCCCUGAUCUUAAUGUGUGUGCACAUUCCAAAGUAACCUGGCACCUAGUUGGUAUGAGUUCUGAGCCAGAGCUGUUUUCUGUGCACUUCAAUGGCCAGGUUCUACAGCAGAAUGGACACAUGGUGUCUUCAAUUGGUAUUAUCAGUGGUAUAGCUACCAGUGCAGAGAUGGUGGCCACUUACCCUGGUCGCUGGCUUCUGUCUUCUCACAUUAGCAAACACUUGGAAGCUGGGCUGCAUGGCUUUCUGGACAUUAAUAAAUGUGAAGAGUUUACUGCACCGAAGCGAAAGCUUACCAUUCAGCAAAAACGAGAGAGUCAGGAAUGGAUUUACUACAUUGCAGCUGAGGAGAUCAUUUGGGAUUAUGCCCCAAAUUUGCCAGAUAAUGUGGACAAGAAUUUUCGAUCCACAUACUUAAAACAGGGUGAAGGACGGAUUGGUAAGAAAUAUAAAAAAGCUGUGUUCACUCAGUACACAGAUGAAUCGUUUAAUGAAAGGGCAGAACAAAAGCAAAGGAAGAAGGAGUUAGGAAUUCUUGGUCCUGUGAUCAGAGCACAGAUCAGAGACAUAAUAAAGAUUGUGUUCAAAAACAAAGCAUCACGUCCAUACAGCAUUUAUCCUCAUGGAUUAACCAUCGAUAAAGCAUCAGAGGGAGUCAAUUACCCUGACGGAGGUAACCAGAGCCAUGCAGUGCAACCAGGGGAAACUUACACAUAUGUGUGGCGAGUCAUUGAGGAGGACGAGCCAUUAAACAGUGAUUCAAGGUGUCUCACCAGGAUGUACCAUAGUGCAGUGAACACUCCACGAGACAUUGCUUCAGGUCUUGUUGGGCCACUUCUUAUCUGCAAAAGCCAGUCCCUCAAUACCAGGAAUGUCCAGGUGAGGGCAGACAAAGAGCAACAUGCUAUGUUUGCAGUUUUUGAUGAAAACAAGAGUUGGUACCUAAAUGAGAACAUCCUCACAUAUUGUGGAGACCCAAGAAAUAUAAAACCAGAUGAUCCAGAGUUCUAUAACUCAAAUGUUAUGCACACAAUUAAUGGUUAUGUGUAUGAAAGUGGCCAGGUCCUGGGGUUUUGCAAUGGUGAGAUUGCAACUUGGCAUGUGUCUAGUGUUGGGGAACAAGAUGACAUCCAAACAGCCGCAUUUUAUGGACACACAUUUGAACUUAACAAUAGAGAGGAAGACAUUCUCAGUCUGUUUCCCAUGACAGGAGAGACGAUUUCCAUGAACAUGGCUAAUAUUGGAGUUUGGCUAAUGGCCUCACUGAACACACAUGAGACGCAAAAAGGAUUAAGAGUGAAGUUUAAGGAUGUUGAAUGCUUCAGGGACUACAUUGUUGAAGAUUCUGACGAUGAUAAUGAUUUUGUACAAGAGAAGUAUGACGUGUGGAAACCCAUAAACGAAACAGAGUUUAAAACUGAGAAAUCAACCUUAAAGCAAAUCACAAGUACUGAAAUUGACUCAGGGUCUGAUGACUAUGCAGAAAUUCUUGGAUUAAGGUCACUGAAGAACACAGGAGUGAAUGAUAUGGAACCGUUAGACCUUUCUAUCUUAGAUACUAAUGAUGACAAGCUGCAUUCUGCUGAUGUGAUCCAAAACAUGGUUGAUGACAACAAUCUUACAACAGCUGUUCAAAAUGAAAGCACAACAGAGUCAACAAUCAAAUUAACUUUGGCACCAGCUAACUCUAUAAUCAAUGGAUCUAACGGUACCAACACUAAUCCUAGUAACAUCUCACUUCUACCAAAUAUUGAUAGUGAAAUCAUCUCAGAGAACAGCCAAAACACAUUAUUAGUAAAAGAAGAGAUAAAGCAAUUGCUAUCAACCCAAACAUCAAGUGACAAAGAGACACAGACCCCAGACUUACUGCUGAGCUCUGUGGAGGUGGUAGAUGAAGCUGGCAGGUCAAAUGACAACAUAUUUAUUUACAGUGUACCUGCUCUUAACUCUCAGAUUAAUAUUACAGAUGUUGAUAUGAAAGACUUUGUACUACUGAAUCAUGGUGAACAGAUAGAAACAAAUAUCCAUAAGCAUUCAGUUGAGCACAGCAUCUCACCCACAGAGCUUCCUAACAACACCAUUGUGGAACUUCUGGACAAUAGCACUCAAACCACAGGGCUUCAGGAUGGACAAGAAUCAAAUACAAAGAUAAAUUCAGAAUCAUUAUAUGAAAGGAUUCAAUAUUUGAAUAACCCAAAAGUGGUCUUAGAUAUUACACAAAAGACCACUCAAGAACUGAAUAGAACCCAAGUGGAAUACGAACUUUCAGUGCAGGAAGAUGAAGCAUUAAAUGUUACCAAGGUGGAGUACGAACUUUCAGUGCACGAAGAUAAAGAACUAAAUGGCACUGAAAUGGAGGAUGAACUUUUAGUACAAGGAGAUGGAGAAUUAAAUGGCACCAAAGUGAAGAAUACAUUUUCAGUAAAGGAAGAUAAAGAAUUAAAUUUCAUUAAAGUGGAGCAUGAAUUUUCAGUGGAUGAAGAUAAAGAAUUAACUGGCACUGAAAUAGAGAACAAGCUUUCAGUACAGGAAGAUGAAGAAUUAAAUGGCACUGAAAUUGAGAACAAGCUUUCAGUACAGGAAUAUAAAAAAUUAAAUGGUACUGAAAUUGAGAACAAGCUUUCAGUACAGGAAGAUGAAGAAUUAACUGGCACUGAAAUUGAGAACAAGCUUUCAGUACAGGAAUAUAAAAAAUUAAAUGGUACUGAAAUUGAGAACAAGCUUUCAGUACAGAAAGAUAAAAAAUUAAAUGGCACUGAAAUUGAGAACAAGCUUUUAGUACAUGAAGAUGAAGAGUUAAAUGGUACCCAAGUGGAUGCUGAAUUUCCAUUUCAGGAAGAAAAAGAAAUAAAUAACACAAAACUGGACUCUGAAAUUUUAAUAGAAGAUGUAGAAUUAAAUAGCACCCUUUUGGAAUUUUCAGUGCAGGAAGAUAUGAGACACCUGGGCAUAGAAAUGACCCUGGAGGACCUCCCACACACAGACAUUCAAGAACCCUACAGCGCCAAGAUGGACUCCAAAAUUUCCAAUAACACGGUGAAUGAUUCUCAGGCAUUCUCUGGGAGUCAAAAUUCAGAGAAAAAAAACUUUCCUCAGAAUGUUACAUCCUCUUCGAUAGUUCCUUUCACUAACUAUGAACAUAAUGAGACAAAGAGCCUAAAAGGCAGCAACCUCUACACAUCAUCAGAAGAGCUUAGUUCAGAGAGCCUUGCGAAUACUUCCUUUUCUAGUUCCAUUUUCAACCUUUCAUCUCCAGAAAGUAAAGCCUCCAACACUAAUAUCCUACUAACAAACAGCAGUUCAGAGCAGGUUGUACAAGAUGUUGAAAAUAUUCUUAAUGAAGUGGUAAUUUAUCUAAAGGACAGCAACAACACUAUGGUCAUUCUCACCACACCCUUGGAUACACAAGCAAAGAACUGGAGCUAUGAAGGGAAACAUGAGUUUGUGCCAAUGGAGUUCCCAGAUCAUAUGAACAAAUAUGUAACAGACAAGCAACCAAAUAGUGUAGAAGAAGAGAAGAAAAAAAUACAUCUAAAAAGGGUGACACCAAUGAAAGGGUAUGGCAUAAAGACAAGAAAGAGAAAGGAGUACAAACCACAAGCUCGCAGUGACAUCUCUCCACGAGGCUUCUCUCCACGGGGUUUUGCUCCUUCUCAGCUUGCACCAAGGACUACCAAGCCCAACAGUGAAGAAGGCAUGAUGCCCAAAUCCAUAGUCAUAGGCAUUCCCAGGAAUGAUUUCAAUGAGUAUGAAAUAUAUGUCCCUGAUGGCCAGGAGAAUACUGAUUUUGAGAACCCCCCUGAUUACAAAGAAGAAUAUGAUUGUGUUGUCUACAGAGACCCAUAUGGCAAACCGGCUCAAGCUGAAACUGAAAUACUUGAUGAAGUAACUAAAUAUUCCUUGCAAAUGGCUGGCAGCAAGUCCAGAGUCUACUUUAUUACUGCUGAAGAAGUUUACUGGGAUUAUGCAGGCUAUGGACAAAGGAGGGAAGAUAAAGCCUCAGUGAAGGAGAGACCCACGCUUUUCAAGAAAGUGCUGUUCAGGUCAUAUUUAGACAGCUCCUUUACAACCCCAGACACUCGUGGAGAAGUUGAUGAGCAUCUUGGCAUCAUGGGUCCAAUAAUUAAGGCUGAAGUUGAUGAAACCAUAUAUGUAGUCUUCAGGAAUCUUGCCAGCCGCCCAUACUCAUUGCAUGCAAAUGGAGUGUCAUAUAGCAAAAAUAUGGAGGGGCUGAUUUAUGAUGAUAACUCACCUUACUGGUACAAGUACGAUGAUGAAGUUCAACCCAAUAAAACCUUUACAUAUAUUUGGACAGUAAAUGACAAAGUGGGGCCAUCAAAUGGUGAAUCUGACUGCCGAAUAUGGACUUAUUACUCUGGCGUAAAUCCUGAGAGAGACAUCCAUUCUGGACUGAUUGGGCCUCUUCUUGUUUGUAAGAAGGGCACCCUGGCUAAAACCCCAAUAGAUACACAAGAAUUUAUGUUACUUUUUAUGACGUUUGAUGAGAACAAGAGCUGGUACUACGACCAAAACUGGGAGAUUCUCAAGAAAACAAACAGAAGAGCAACUCUGGACCCAAAUUUCAAUAACAAUAUCAAAUUUCAUGCUAUUAAUGGAAUUAUAUACAGCCUCAAAGGACUCCGCAUGUAUGCUAAUCAGCUGGUAAAUUGGCAUCUUAUAAACAUGGGCUCUCCAAAAGACUUCCACAGUAUUCACUUUCAUGGCCAGACCUUCCUCAUGAAUGCCCACCAUCGUCAGGGAGUAUAUCCACUUUUACCAGGGAGUUUUGCAACUCUGCAGAUGUGGCCAUCAAAGCCAGGGCUCUGGAUGUUGGAAUCAGAGGUUGGAAUUUCUCAGCAGAGAGGGAUGCAGACCCUAUUUUUAGUGUUAGACAAUGAAUGUGAUCACCCUCUUGGUCUGAUUUCUGGUGCUGUUAAAGACAGUCAAAUAACAGCAUCCAAUUCUAGAGGCUACUGGCUUCCCAAUUUGGCCAGACUGCACAAUACAGGACAAUACAAUGCAUGGAGUACAAUAAAGCCAGGUGACUGGAUACAGGUAGACUUCCAACGGCCUGUGGUGAUCAGUAAAAUAGCCACACAGGGAGCCAAACAACUCUUCACCCCUCACUAUGUUCUGAACUACACAAUCUUCUACAGCACAGACCGCAAAAGGUGGAGUUGGUACAAGGGAGACAGCAAAACUUCGAGAAAGACGUUUGAAGGUAAUAGGGAAGCCUAUGGAGUGAAGGAGAAUAUAUUCUUUCCACCUAUUAUUAGCCGUUAUGUGCGGCUUUACCCUUCACAUUCAUAUAAUUAUCCAACGGUUCGCAUGGAGUUCUAUGGAUGUGAGUUAGAUGGGUGUUCUGUACCCUUGGGAAUGCAGAGUGGAUAUAUAAAUGAUCAUCAGAUCACAGCCAGUUCUACUGCUUCCAGCUGGUAUUCUGGCUCAUGGCACCCUUGGUUGGCACGUCUUGAUAAACAAGGAUCACUCAAUGCUUGGCAAGCCAAGAGUACUGACAAUCAUCCAUGGAUCCAGAUAGAAAUAAAGGAAGUCAAGAAAAUCACCGGAAUUGUUACCCAAGGAGCAAAGUGGCUGAAGACUGAGAUGUUUGUAACCACUUAUGUUUUAGAGUACAGUGAUGAUGGCAAGAAAUGGAACAAGUACUCGGAUAAUGAGGACUAUGAAAUAAAGACAUUCAUGGGAAACUCUGAUAACAACAGCCAUAUGAAAAAUUAUAUCUACCCUCCAAUAUUCUCCAGAUUUAUCAGAAUUUUUCCUACAAAAUGGCAGAAGGCUGCCACCAUGAGGAUUGAACUACUGGGAUGUGAUUUUGAAUAAUGACCAUUUAUCUUUGUUUCAUCCUUCUGUACUAGUCCACACAUUUUGGAUAUUCCAUUUCUAUAUUUGUAUCUAAUUUUUUUUAGACUGAUUUUUUUUUUUAGACUAAUCAUCUUAGACUGAUUAUUGUGUAUUAAUGUUCUCUCAACUGUGUUCCUGAGACCCUCCAGGUAUGUGACACAUAGCCAUAGGGUGAUUAUAGUUACAGUGUGGUGGAACUCACAUCUGUACAUUUUUUGCAUUCAUUAUUGAGUUCUUAUAUUUAUUAGCCCAUUUCACUGUUUACGUAAACAGAAUGAAACGAUCUCUCUCAACAAAUCUGUUUCAUCAGGACUAAAAACCUUUGUGCCUCUAAUAAAUAGACAAUAUUUUUUCUAUACAUUUAUAUAAUGCCUAUGGAAUAAACAUGCACUUGGAAUUUA